UUCUCCAUUCGGUUGGACGUUUUAUUUGUGAAGUUGCUCGCGUGAAUAUUCGUACAAUAUUCAUACUUCAAUAGCCACUCAGUGUUCUAUCGGUUAGACAAACAAAAUAUAGCUAAAAUGAAUUCUCAACAAUCAAGCGCAGAAGAUAAGAUAGUUAACGGUUCGGAAGUGAAACAAGAUGCGUUGAAGAUUCCCGCCUGGUUGGAUGAGAAGUUCUUCGAAGACAUCUUCGUGACCAAUUUCCAGCUGGAGCAGGGCAAGUUUAAGGUUAACAUCAAUGCCAUAGUUCCAACGGGCGGAGCUGGCGAGAAUUAUACCUCAAUGCUGUAUCGUGCUGAUGUGGAGGCCGUGUGCGAAGAUGGUACCAGGGAAAAUUUAAAACUUAUCGUCAAAGCAAUGAUCAUCGAUCCGACGUUGAAAUCCUUCAGUGUGUUUACCAAGGAAAGGUGUGCCUAUGAGCAAUUACUGCCUACUUUGGAGCAGCUCUGGGCGAACGCAGGCACAACAGUCCGUUUCGGUGCACGCUGUUGGAAAACGGUUGAGGGCGAUGUCGACGUUAUUGUGUUAGAUGAUCUAUGCGUCAAAGGGUAUACAGUAGCAGACCGGCAGAAGGGCGCUGAUAUGGCGCACGUAGAAAUAUUCCUAUCUAAACUAGCUAUGUUCCAUGCGGCCAGUGCCGUUGAUUAUAGGAAGAAUGGACCCAUUAAUCCAUUGUAUGACAAUGGUAUGGUUCAACCGGAAACGAAGCCCCUCUUUGAUCAGUAUUUGAAAGUUGUAGGACCAGUGUUUCUUGCAUCAAUGGAAUCAUGGCCGGGACAUGAAAAAUAUCACGAUAAAAUGAGAAAAAACCUUCAAGGCAUAUACGAGAAAUUACUCGAUGCAACUUCAAAGGACGAUUCAGGGUUUGUAGCACUCUGUCACGGAGAUGUUUGGACCAAUAACCACAUGUUUAGUUAUAACAAAUCUGGGGCGCCGGUGGAUGCUCUUUUGCUCGACUUCCAAGGUCCAUACUAUGGUUCACCGGUGCAAGAUUUGUUCUACUACAUUAUAUCAUCCACCACGGUGGAACUGAAAUCAAACCAUUUCGAUGAGUUGGUGCAGUAUUAUCAAAAGUGCCUAGCGGAAAGUCUGGAAAAACUAGACUACCCAGGGGUGAUACCCAGCCUGCGAGACAUCCACAUUGAGAUGCUAAAACGAGGUUACUUCGGAAUGCAGUGUCUGUAUGGAAUACUGCCGAUCGUGCUGGCCGAGAAAAGUGAGAAUGCUAACUUUGCCGGGUUUUUCGGUGAAAGUGAAGAAAAUCAGAAGUUUCGACAUGACGUGUACUACAAUCCCAGAUAUCAUGAGCAUUUGAGGUGUCUAUUGAAGCUUUUUGAUUCCCGAGGAUUAUUGGAUUUUGCAUAAGGCUGUCGAAGUAAAAAGUCGGGAAAAACAAAUCUGUGCUUGACGGCGAGAAAAUAGUCAAUGUGUUAUUUACCUGUACGAUAUUGAGUGAAAUAAAUAUUUGAUUAUUGUUUUCAAA